AAUUACCAGUGGAGACAGCCCCAUUCCUGUUUCCACCACAUCGAGUUCCAUUGCCAUGUGAAAGCCUGAUAGUUUAAAUGUGGUAACUAAGGAUCACUGCUCACAGUGUUUCCAAAUGCCAGUGCAAAGGAGACUUCAGCUACUAAAUGCAGAACAAAAAUGAAUGGCCCUCAGCUAUCUCUGCUUGCAAGUUUGAAUUACAGCAUCUGGCUGAACAAGAAUUGCUGAAGUACAGCAAACUGAAAAAGCUAAGUGAAGAUAGUUUAACUAAGCAGCCUGAAGAAGUCUUUGAUGUUCUGGAGAAGCUUGGUGAAGGGUCUUACGGUAGCGUGUUUAAAGCAAUACACAAAGAAUCUGGACAAGUUGUAGCAAUUAAACAGGUCCCUGUGGAGUCGGAUCUUCAAGAAAUAAUUAAAGAAAUCUCUAUAAUGCAACAAUGUGACAGUCCUUAUGUUGUCAAGUACUAUGGCAGCUACUUUAAGAACACAGAUCUAUGGAUUGUUAUGGAAUAUUGUGGAGCUGGCUCUGUUUCAGACAUAAUUAGACUACGUAAUAAAACGCUAACAGAAGAUGAAAUUGCAACUAUUUUGAAAUCUACUCUUAAAGGACUUGAAUACUUGCACUUUAUGAGAAAAAUACAUAGAGAUAUAAAAGCUGGAAACAUCCUUCUUAACACUGAGGGACAUGCAAAAUUAGCUGAUUUUGGGGUGGCUGGCCAGUUAACAGAUACCAUGGCAAAACGUAAUACUGUUAUCGGAACUCCAUUUUGGAUGGCUCCUGAAGUCAUACAAGAGAUUGGCUAUAACUGUGUGGCAGACAUCUGGUCCCUUGGUAUAACUUCAAUAGAAAUGGCUGAAGGAAAGCCUCCAUAUGCUGAUAUUCACCCAAUGAGGGCCAUUUUUAUGAUUCCUACAAAUCCCCCUCCGACCUUCCGGAAGCCAGAGCUCUGGUCUGAUGAAUUCACAGAUUUUGUGAAGAAAUGCUUAGUGAAAAAUCCGGAACAAAGAGCUACAGCAACCCAGCUGCUACAGCAUACAUUUAUUAAGAAUGCUAAGCCAGUUUCAAUUUUAAGGGACCUGAUCACCGAAGCAAUGGAGAUAAAGGCAAAGCGACAUGAGGAACAGCAGAGAGAGCUGGAAGAGGAGGAAGAAAAUUCGGAUGAAGAUGAGUUGGAUUCUCACACCAUGGUGAAGACCAAUUCAGAGAGUGCUGGUACCAUGAGAGCCACCAGUACGAUGAGUGAAGGCGCUCAGACAAUGAUUGAGCACAACAGCACCAUGUUAGAAUCAGACUUGGGGACCAUGGUAAUCAACAGUGAUGAUGAUGAAGAGGAAGAUGGGACCAUGAAACGAAAUGCUACUUCACCACAAGUUCAAAGACCUUCUUUCAUGGACUACUUUGAUAAACAAGAUUCCAAGAAUAAAAGCCCUGAAAACUGUAAUCAGAACAUGCAUGAACCUUACCACAUAUCCAAAAACGUUUUCCCUGAUAACUGGAAAGUCCCUCAAGAUGGAGACUUUGAUUUCUUAAAAAAUCUGAGUUUAGAAGAAUUGCAGAUGAGAUUAAAGGCUUUGGACCCUAUGAUGGAACGAGAAAUUGAGGAGCUUCGUCAGAGGUACACUGCAAAGAGGCAACCUAUCCUAGAUGCAAUGGAUGCAAAGAAACGGAGGCAGCAAAAUUUCUGAGUUUGUUUUCCUUUCAGACAUAAUACUAGGAGUCACUGUGGACACUGGUAACUUUGUAAGUCAGAAGGAAUUAGAUUAUGAGAGUUUUCAAAAAUCCAAUCUGUUACAUUUUCCUUCACGAGCAGUGACAAUUUCAGCAGUCAAGAAUAUUCAUAUGGUGUUCUGCAAAGGCAGCAAAACACUUUACUACUUGUUUGCAUUUUCAGAUGUUUAAUGUAAUAGAAGUUUAAUCUGUUACUUCCCAAUCUUUUUCAGGUGUGUAGUGGUAACUUGGUGUUGUACAUUGGGAACUGUGUUUUGGAGCACCUGGAAUAUUUUCUUGAUUGUGCAACACUACCGAGCCUUAUAUUGCAAUGUAUUUUUCUCCCACAUAGUAGCAUAUUUAUUAUGUAAUCUUUGGUUAUCCUAUUUAUUUUAUGCCUGUUUUCUGUUGGGAAGUAGUAGGAUAAUAUUGUGGACAGCAGAGUCAAAUUAGAUAAACUUGCUGUUGUAGUAUAAUAAAAAGCUGCUCACCACUGUAUUACCUUUUAAAACUCCAAAUUCAAUACGUAUCCUGAUUCAGGACAGCACUUGAACAUGUAUCCAGCCCAUUCAUAGCAGUAAAAUUUAGGAAUCAAGUAAGUAAUAGGCACAUGUUUUUCUGCUCUCCUGAAUCAGGGACAGAACAGUUGUUACACUACAGAGCAUUCUUUGAGAGAGGAUUUAUGUCAUUUGUACGCACACUGAGUCAGCUGUCAUUAAACAAGAAAACAAGUGCCUAAUCAGUUUUAAUUUUUGUUAUUCAGGAGAAGCAAUACUUACAGUCACUCUUUAAGUGUAAACUUCCAGUUGCUAUUGCAGUUCUGACCAGUAUAAACCUCUAUUUUGCACGGUAGUUUUAUAAUGAAGUAACAGCUACACUUUCUGGAUAUGUUUUUUGUUUCAUUUGGGGUUUUUUAAUCACUUUUUUGAGGGGAGAGGGGAAUUAUUAGAGCUUUGGGGUUUGUUUGUUUUCAUAUUGUAGCUACAAAGGGAUAGUAAUUUAAAAACCAAAGAAAAUAAAUGGAAUACUUAUAUUUAAUAAGUAUAGAAAAGAAGCAACAUUUAAUAGUGUUCUGGGGGGGUUGUCCUGCAAUUGCUAAACAUUCAAAAUUCUAUAGUCUUCUGUUGGUAGAUUUUGGGGACUCAGAAAUGCAGGACCAAGCUCUUAAUAACUUUUUAUAAGUUCUUGUCUGGUUUAUGUUGUGGAAUGUCUAUUGGUAGAAUUUACAACGUUGUAAGAAAUAUUUCCGACUUCGCGGAAAAUGUGAUCCACUCUCUGAACAAUCUACUGUGUUCUCUAUUGAAAUCUUUACUAUCGUUGCCUUGUAUGUAAAUAACUUCACUGUGAUAGUCAUACUUCUUUAAACCAUACAGCUGAAAAGAUCUUUACAUUCAGCCUUCAGCUGUUAAACUUUUAAUGGUGACUACUGUAUGGGCAUCUUCUCUGUUAAACAUUUUCUGGAAGUUAGUAAUCAUCUCAUACCUCUUAACAUUAAUUGUCAACAUAUGUGGACCAUUUAGAUGGAAUAGUGCCAAUUUUGGAAAUGAUGCGUUAUGUCACAAAGCUUAUGCCAGUGGGAACAAAAAGUUCUUACAGAUCAGCAUUCUACAGCCAUGCUGGUACCAGUACUUGGGUUUGAGCCGUAUACAGCCAUCGCUGUCCUUGUCAUUCUCUGUGUGUUUGCAUGCACACCGCGCUCUGACAUGUAAACCCUAGAGGCAAAUAAAUCUCAGUUGUGAUUAUUAGAACAUCCUUAUCCUCACCUCUCUUCAUACUGCUUAGAGCAGUGAGCACUCCUUGUGAAAAUGCAAGAACACAGAAGAUCCAUAAAAAUUACUUUAGGCAAGAUAAAAUGCACCUGGUAGUCCUAUGCCUCACAUUUAUAGAACUAAAUGAUGUAAAGUAAAAAAUGGUAUAAACAUAUUGCUGUGUCAUUAGAUUAUAAUCAUAAUGCAGGAAAAAAAUGACAGCACCAACUUCCCCCUAUUACUAUGGUUCUUAUUUAUUUAAAGUAAUUUCUACUUCUUGAACUUUCUGUUCUCAAAAGCUCAAAGGUGUGUGUGCAUACAUUGAUUUUUAUAGAUAUACACACAUAUAUGUUCAUAUCUAUAUUAAAGAGAAAAUAUAGAACAGGUUUAAACCAUCAGGAGAGGAACCUAGCUUGCCUUUUCUUGGUGUGCCUUUUAAGCAAAGUGUCAUUGUCUAGACACUCUUACCUGCAUCCUCAGCAGCCAGAUUUUCCCAUACUCAAUCUUUAACUUCUCACACCAAAAUUAAGACUUUGAGUUUGAAUAAUGUGGCUUAACAGUGUAAUACACACUAAUAAAAAAGGAUCACUAAUUUCUUAUUUUGUGUAUUCUGAAAACUUCAGUAAUGUGGUACCCUAAAGAUGAACUGUGUAUCCCGAGGAACUCUAAUAAAAGGCUAUUUUAGACUAGAGCUGUUGCAGUCUGACAUCUGAAAGCUAUCAGAAGGUAAAUGACAUCCUUUUUUUCUAUCCUGAUGUGUCUGCAUAGAAACAACUCAGACUUUGUGCACAUGCAUACACACAGAAAUGGAAUAUACAUGCAUGAGGAAAAUCUGAAUGCAAUGAAUAAAACAAAUAAAAUAAGCUGCUUAAAAAGGUGAAAAUAGUGUCCGGUGCACUGUAAACUGGGUAGGUACAGGAUGUUUGUGACCAAAGAAUACUUUCAUAAAUUGAUAUGAAAUUAGUAUGUUGCCAUUCUGGUGUGGUGCAAGCUGCAGUCAGAGUAAGAGCUGCCUUGGGCUUCAGCAGCCAGCAUAUGGACCUCUGAAUCCUCUGCAAGCAUUAACAUUGUACUCAGAGAUGGAUGCAACUUAUUUUUUCUUUCCUCUAUUUAUAUAAAUGAAUCAAAUCAUCCAUGUUGUUGACUACACAUCUCUACUGGAGGAUGAGCAUCUCUGUAAAGGAAAGCCAAUAGAACAAUAAAUAAGAUAUUUUAAAAGCAAGCCUUGCAGGAAAUCUAAUAGAACUACUGACAAGUUAACCUUCAAUAAGAUUUUAACCAAGCAAUUUCAUGUUUGCUUCUGACUUUGUAUGUUUAGGUUUAGUAAGUUAAAACAAUUUUGGAAAAUCAUUGCUUAUUACUAAACAUUUUUAAUAAAAGCUAAUUUUUCCUGUAUAA